CGGGUAAGGUUGUCACACGGGUAGGUUGUCACAGCAGUAAUAAGCGAGAAAGUAAUGAACGAAUGAACCCGCUGUGUGACGUCAAACUAGCGAGACGGCAACACCUCUCUCCCUACUUCACCUCAGUCCGCUCAGCGACGCAGUAACGGCGAGACGCACGAUCGUUUUUUUCGCACACCAAAAGUAUUUUUUUGUGCAUCAGUGUCGAGCCUAAGAUUGUCUUAAAAAUGCCACGGUAUCACAAGAGAAAGUCUAAUCGAGGCCUUGUGUCACCAGCCUUAAUGUUGGGUGCUGCGAGGGAAGUGAAAACCUAUGGCAAAUCUAUAAGAUCCGUCGCAAAGGCUUUUGGUAUUAAUUAUCGCACUUUAACAAGGUAUUGUCAAAAAUUUACAGCCGAAGAGAUAAGCAAUGAGACUGUGUCACCACCUACUACAAAAAUAGGCUAUCAAAAGAAUCGUCAGGUUUUUACCGAUGAACAGGAACAAGAAUUGGAAAAAUACAUCCUUAAUGCCUCAAGUAUUUAUUUUGGAUUGACUCCAAAGGAAAUUCGAAAAUUAGCAUUUGAACUCGCAAUUUCGAAUAACCUUAAAGUUCCGAAGUCUUGGGAAUCAAACAAGCUAGCUGGCCCUGACUGGUUUACAUCGUUUUUGACGAGACAUCCUUCUCUAUCCAUUAGAACACCUGAAUCCACCAGUUUGGCUCGGGCCACUAGUUUUAACCAACAUAAUGUCAAAACUUUCUUUGAUAACCUUGAAUCGGUAAUCACACGUUAUGGUAUUCAGCCACACGACAUCUGGAAUAUGGACGAAACUGGGGAGACUACGGUACAAAAACCCAGUAAAGUUGUUGCUAGAAAAGGCUUUAAGCAAGUCGGUGCAAUAACGUCAGCUGAGAGAGGCACUCUUGUGACCUUAGCCGCUGCUGUUUCCGGGGGAGGUAAUUCAGUGCCACCAUUUUUCGUGUUUCCGAGGGUGCAUUUCAAAGACCAUUUCAUCAGAGAUGGGCCAAUUGGUUGCAAAGGAGGAAGUAAUCCCUCAGGCUGGAUGACAGAAGAAUUAUUUGUGGGUUUCUUAAAACAUUUUCAUAAUCAUGUGAAAUCUACUAAAGAAAAACCAUGUCUUUUAGUUUUGGACAAUCACAGCUCUCAUUUGUCCAUUGAAGGACUUAACUUUGCUAAUGAAAAUGGCAUAAUAAUGUUAUCUUUCCCACCACACUGCACUCAUCGUCUGCAACCUUUAGACAGAUCAGUUUUUGGGCCUUUAAAAAAAUAUGUCAACAACUCAAUGGAUCAAUGGAUGGUUAACCACCCAGGACAAGCAAUGACGAUAUACGAAAUACCAGGAAUAGUUGCCCAGGCUUUUCCAUUAGCAGCAACUCCUUCCAAUAUUGUCGUGGGGUUUAAAGCCUGUGGAAUUUGUUCAUUUAAUCGAGACAUUUUUCAGGAGCAUGAUUUUAUGCCAUCCUCUGUCACAGAUAGGCCACUUAUUACGGUUACUGAUCCCGAUAUAGUGCAUAAUACCAUACAAAAUGAAACGGAUAACUCUGACAUUAACAGUCUUAUGAAUAGUGAUCUCCCUGUCCUUGAUUUUUCUUCAUUGGAUCAAAACGACAACGCUAAUUUUAGUGUUCGUGCAGUGACACCACAGGGCUCGGGAAGUUCAGUACCAGAAAUAUCACAGCAGGAUGCUACAAAGGAUUCGACAACGAACACUUAUCUUGGUUCAAGUGGAUUGAAGACUUCCCUAAUAAUAUCACCGCAGGUUUUGAAGCCCCUACCAAAAGCACUUCCGCGCAAAUCGCAGCGAGUUGAUAGAAGAAAAUGUAAAUCGGCAAUUUUAACAGAUACACCGGAGAAGACAUUUUUAGAAGAGAAAAAAAAAGAACAAGAAAGUAAGAAAAAGAAAGUAUCGAAACGAGUGUUUAGUGAAAAUAAAGAAAAUAAAAAGGCAUCUAAAGGAAAGAAAAUUAAAAAGACAACAGUUGACAGCGACGAAGAUGAAAAAGGGGAUGAAGACUUUUGUUUGAUCUGCUUGUCUUCUACUAGCAAGUCUAGAGAAAUUUGGCUUCAGUGCCAGGAUUGUAAGCUAUGGGCUCACAAAGAAUGCACGCCUGGACUACCAAAUUAUGUAUGCCACAAUUGUGAUUCGGAAUAUUCAGACUAAUUUUUGAGACUGACUAAAUAUAUCUUAGUAAAGUUAAGUAUAUUGCGUCCAAAGAGUUGAUUAAGUAUGUUACAUUUUUUUAUUUUUAUUGAGUUUGCUAAGUUCGUAGGCUAAAAUGAUUGUUAUUAGCUUAAAGCUAAAAUUAUUUUUGUUUUAGUAAACAUUUUGUGUUUCUUUUUUUGAUAAUA